ACCAAGCAAGGGUACGCCACGACGCGCUCGGCCUCCGCUGUCGGCUGCCGCACAUGCUCGACCUCGAGGCUCAGAAGCACGUCGUCGACGGCAAGCUGCGCUGCUGGCUCGACAUCGACAUCAACGACUCGCGCGCGGCAUACCAGCGCGCCGUUAACUUUGUGGCUGCAAAGAACCUCGCCUACUCGCUGACGUCAAACUGGCUGCCGGAGCUUGGCGGUUCCGAGCUCAAGCGCGUCAAGGAGCAGCUGUACGCCAACGAUUUCGAGUGGAGCGGCAGAGGCCGCUGCGCCGUCAAGAUGCCGCCGCAGCGCAUCUACGUCGAGGUGUGGCCAGAGGUUGCGCCUCUGGCGGUCGAGAACUUUGUGGCGCUGCUGCUCGGCAACCGAGGCAAGGGCCAAGAGUCGGGGUGCGAGAUGACCUACAAGGGCUGCCACUUCCACCGCUGCAUCAAGGGCUUUGUGGCGCAGGGCGGCGACUUUGUCAAGAACAAUGGGAGUGGUGGCGAGUGCGUCUUCCCCGGCAAGAAGCAGGGCUUCAAGGACGACGCCGCAGGGCUCAAGGUGAAGCUGGGCGAGCGAGGGAUGCUCGCCAUGGGCAACAGCGGCAAAAACACGAACACGUCGCAGUUCUUCUUCACGUUUGGCGACGUCUCGCGCCUGACGGGCAAACACGUCGGCUUUGGGCAGCGGGACGUAGAUGCGCCCUUGCGAGAGCAGCUGGUCGGCGGCGCAGAGGUGCUGGCGAUCAUGGAGCAGUGUGCGGCGCCGGAGGGGGACGACUCUGGCAGGCCGGCGUACCCGGUGGUGAUCGCCGAUUGUGGCGUGUGCGGCGUGCAUGAGCCAGAGCCGAUGGCGUGGGCGCCGCCGGCGCACUUGACGGCCCACGCGGCGAGCAGCACGCGCACUGUGUGCGCGGUAGACUCGACUGCGGCCGCCGAGCGCACCGAGUCGAACGCGGUGUUGAGAGCCAGGGCGCGGUACACCAGAGCAAACGGGACAGUGAGCAGGACGAGCCAAAAGCAAGCGGCGGCGGCGGCGGCCGUCGCGCCGACGCGCCCAAAGACGGCGGCGGCGAAUGCGGCGUUGCCGGCGGCGAAGGCAGCUGCAGACGUGGCGGGCGCCUCCCAGUGGACCAAGCUCAAGACCGCUGCGCGCACCGCCUCCUCGUCCGCCUCUAUUCCUCUUGCCCGCGAGCCUGCCGUCUCGGCCGCGGGCGUGGCCGCUGUCCCAACGGCCGACUCGGCUUCGAGCGAGGCCUCCGGCAGCGGCGCCGGCGCGGCGCCGGCGGCCGCGCGCUCGAUCGCGCCGCCGGCGGAGCGAGCGGCCGCGGCCGUCUCGGCCUCUGGUGCGAGGCGCCGCAAGAGCCUCCCCAGGCGUUCGGACGCGGCGCCGCCGCAGUACCUGUGUCCCGUGCUCGGAGAGGUCAUGACCGACCCGGUGACAACAUGUGACGGCCACACCUACGAGCGCGAGGCGAUUGAGAUGUGGUUCCGGACGUAUGCGGAGCGGUACCCGCUCGCCGCCUCCGCGCCCAGCCCCGUUACCGGUGCGAUGCUCGCGAGCACGGCGCUCGUCAGCAACAUCGCGUUGAGACAGGUCAUUGAAACGUGGAGGGAGGGGAGAGAGGGGCUCGGCGGGUGAGCGAGUCGUGCGGCGCCAAGUUCAGGGGAUGGGUGGAAGAAGGUUUCCAGUGAUUUUUUGUUGUUUGUCGUCGUCGUGUUGUCGUCGUGUUGUCGACGCGUGUCCGUGUGUCGUCGUGUUGUCGUCGUCGUUGAGUGUCGGCUCGUUGACGUAAGGGUUGUGCGAGUAUAUGGGCC